CAUCGGAAACUACAGACUGUUGAAAACAAUCGGCAAGGGGAACUUUGCAAAAGUGAAGUUGGCAAGACAUAUUCUUACAGGCAGAGAGGUCGCAAUAAAAAUAAUUGACAAAACCCAGUUGAAUCCAACAAGUCUGCAGAAGAUAACACUGAGAUCUUUGAAGUCGGACCAUGGCCAGUUUUGGAAUGGAGAUUGAUUAAUCUGAAGGAAAAUGUAGAAGUAGACCUGAAUGAGAGUUGAGAAACGUGUUGAAAGCAGUCUCGCUCUCUGUAUCAUCUGACUUCAGAAGUUCUCACCCUGGUAAUCUGCUUUAAAGAUGGCCCCUUCCCCAAGUGUCCCGAGCCUACAGACGGCUUCAACUGCUACUGCUGACUGUUCCCCUCUCUCUGUUCUCGUUUCCUGGAACUCUUCCUAGGAAUGUCUCAAUCUGUGCCUGUAAAGAUCACAGCCUAGGAAACCCUAUGGGGCAGUUCUGUUCUGUCCUGUAGGAGUGCUAUGAGUCAGAAUCGACUUGAUGGCACACAACGACAGCAAAGACUUUUUCCUUCUCAUUGGGUGACACACAAAACAUUUGGGAUUCUUUUUUCAUUGAACACCUCUGCUCAUUUUUUCCUUCCUCAUUAUUUUCCUCUUUCCUCUCCUAGUCUUACAUUGAUCUGUUAGCAGACUAACAGUUCAGGCCAUUAACAGAAGUGGGCAUUACAGUCCUGUUAUUUAUACUCUGGGGCCUGCAUUCAGAUACGUGUACUAGAUCUGGUCGGGUAAAACAGACAGGGGUGGCAAAUGAAGUCUAAGGCUCUUCUUGAUUAUACAUAUUUAGACUAUUGAGAAAAAAAUAUGUAUUUACUUAUUUUUAGAUUUCGAAAGAUUUAGAAAUAGAAGAAAAUAUAGCUUCAGUGUUUUUGCUUUUUAUAGGGAACUUUCUUUAUUGCUAAACUUAUUUUUGUUUUGGCAAGAAAUAAUGUAGCCUUGAUAUUUAAAGUAGAUUGUGAAUUCUAAAUGAGAACAUCAGAAUUUAUUUUUAAUUCUUUCAGUGAUUUGUUAUGAUAUUUUAGAAAAGUCAACAAAGGCCCAAAUAUCUUAAAUGGGCUAAACAUAGAGCAUAGCAUGGACCCAUUUGCAGGAAGUCAAGAACUGGGUACAGAUUAGACUUUGGGAGAGAAUCGUAGUAAUAACAACAACAGCCAGAAUCACAACGGCAUGUCCAGUGCUUAUUGUGUGCCAGGUACUGUUCCAAACACUCCACCUGUCGUGUCUCAUUCAGUCAUAGGUAACAGAGGGACAAGGAGGACAGGUCAUUUCUUAGAAUCACUCACUUGGUGAAUGGUGGAGCCAGGCAGAACCAGGUAGUGGCUCCAGAGGUCAGAUUCUGAAUAGAUGUGCACACUGUACCUACAUCAUUGUAUGUAGUUUUCACAACAGCCCUGUGGAGCAGCUGUCCUUAAUCUAUAUUUUAUGGAUGCCUAGACUGAAGCUCUCUUGAGAUUUUGUAGCUUGUUCAGCCAUCUGAUAAGUAAGCGACUGAACCCGCGUUAGAACCUAAAUCUAUAACCUCACAUAGCUUUCCUCACACCUGACCUCUUGGAAGAACUCAGUCUCAUCACCUUCCAUCUGGGAGGGACUGCAAAGAAGCAUACUAAAGUUCGCUGUGCAGGAGGUGGACACCCAGUGACAUCUGUGGAAUUCAUUUUGGAACUCUUCAGAGAAGUAAGAAUAAUGAAGAUUUUAAAUCAUCCAAACAUAGUAAAGUUAUUUGAAGUCAUUGAAACGGAAAAAACCCUCUACCUAAUCAUGGAAUAUGCAAGUGGAGGUGAAGUGUUUGACUAUUUGGUUGCACAUGGACGAAUGAAGGAGAAGGAAGCAAGAGCUAAAUUUAGACAGAUUGUGUCUGCGGUGCAGUACUGCCACCAGAAGCACAUCGUUCACAGAGACCUCAAGGCUGAAAAUCUAUUGUUAGAUGCUGAUAUGAACAUUAAAAUAGCAGACUUUGGUUUUAGCAAUGAAUUUACUGUUGGCAGUAAACUGGACACGUUUUGUGGCAGUCCUCCAUACGCGGCCCCAGAGCUCUUCCAGGGCAAGAAAUACGACGGGCCCGAGGUGGACGUGUGGAGCCUGGGCGUCAUUCUCUACACGCUAGUCAGUGGGUCACUUCCUUUUGAUGGACAAAACCUAAAGGAACUGAGAGAGAGAGUAUUAAGAGGGAAAUACAGAAUCCCUUUCUACAUGUCCACAGACUGUGAAAACCUUCUCAAGCGUUUCCUGGUGCUAAAUCCAAUUAAACGAGGCACUCUAGAGCAAAUCAUGAAGGACAGGUGGAUCAAUGCAGGGCACGAGGAAGAUGAACUGAAACCAUUCGUCGAACCAGAGCUAGACAUCUCAGACCAGAAGAGAAUAGAUAUUAUGGUGGGAAUGGGAUAUUCACAAGAAGAAAUUCAAGAAUCUCUUAGUAAAAUGAAAUAUGAUGAAAUCACAGCUACGUAUUUGUUGUUGGGGAGAAAAUCUUCAGAGCUGGAUGCUAGUGACUCCAGUUCUAGCAGCAAUCUCUCACUUGCUAAGGUUAGGCCGAGCAGUGAUCUCAGCAACAGCACUGGCCAGUCCCCUCACCACAAGGUGCAGAGAAGUGUCUCCUCAAGCCAGAAGCAGAGGCGGUACAGUGACCAUGCUGGACCUGCUAUUCCUUCUGUUGUGGCGUAUCCAAAAAGGAGUCAGACCAGCACCGCAGAUGGUGACCUCAAAGAAGACGGAAUUCCCUCCCGGAAGUCAAGCGGCACUGCUGUUGGAGGAAAGGGGAUCGCUCCAGCCAGUCCCAUGCUGGGGAAUGCCAGUAAUCCCAACAAGGCAGAUAUCCCUGAGCGCAAGAAGAGCUCCACAGUCCCUAGUAGUACGACGGCAUCUGGCGGAAUGACGCGGCGAAAUACUUACGUCUGUAGUGAAAGAACCACCGCUGACAGACACUCAGUCAUUCAGAAUGGCAAAGAGAACAGCGCCGUUCCCGACCAGAGCACUCCAGUUGCUUCAACGCACAGUGUUAGCAGCGCGGCCACCCCUGACCGCAUCCGCUUCCCCAGAGGGACUGCCAGCCGAAGCACUUUCCACGGCCAGCCCCGGGAGCGGCGGACGGCCACGUAUAAUGGUCCACCUGCCUCACCCAGCCUGUCCCAUGAAGCCACACCCUUGUCCCAGACUCGAAGCCGGGGCUCCACUAAUCUUUUUAGUAAAUUAACUUCAAAACUAACAAGGAGAAACAUGUCAUUCAGGUUUAUCAAAAGGCUUCCAACUGAAUAUGAGAGGAACGGGAGAUAUGAGGGCUCAAGUCGCAAUGUAUCUGCCGAGCAGAAGGAUGAGAACAAAGAAGCCAAGCCCCGCUCGCUGCGCUUUACCUGGAGCAUGAAAACCACUAGUUCCAUGGACCCCAGUGACAUGAUGCGGGAGAUCCGCAAAGUCCUGGACGCCAACAACUGUGACUACGAGCAGCGGGAGCGCUUCCUGCUCUUCUGUGUCCACGGCGACGGGCACGCCGAGAGCCUGGUGCAGUGGGAGAUGGAGGUGUGCAAGCUGCCCAGGCUGUCCCUCAAUGGGGUCCGGUUCAAGCGGAUAUCGGGGACAUCCAUGGCUUUCAAGAACAUCGCCUCCAAAGUUGCCAACGAGCUGAAGCUGUAGCCCGGUAAUUUCCGUGUAAAUUCAGUAGCAGUGUCAGGUGUUCUCCUGAACACUGAGAAAUAUCUAGAGCGAUAUUUAGGCAAUAACGUCUGCAUCUUCUAAAUCAUGAUAUUAAAGUCUGAGAAUGAGCGCACGCCCGGGAGCGAGAGCUGGCCUUUUUUCUAUCCGUGCACUACAUUAAAGACGUGUGACACACCGCCCUUGUCUGGUCUCCGUCCCACCGCGCCUCCUGUCCACGGGUGAGCGUGGACAGGCGUGCUGGGGAGCGCGCUUGGGAGCCACUCCUUACGCCCUCUGCAGGAGAUCAUUUGGUGCUAAAACAUUAAAAUUGCCAAGGAGGAAAAUACUGAAUUACUACUACGCAUUAACCUUAAGCCUUGUUGAUAAUUAAUACAGGUUUUACAGGUUUACAGUUCAUGACUGUGGUUUUGUGUUUGUUGUUCCGUGGUUUUUUUAGUGCAAAAGGUUUAAAUUUAUAGUUGUGAACAUUGCUUGUGUGUGUUUUUCUAAGUAGAUUCCAAGAUAAUUAAAAGUUCACUUUUUCUCAG